CCCACCCUUGCUGUUUUCCAUCAAUAGAAAUCCCUAAUUUCUCAACUUUUCACAAAAUCCCAAUUCGAAUUUCAAUUAAACAAUGUCGGGUCGUGGAAAGGGUGGCAAGGGUUUGGGAAAGGGAGGCGCCAAGAGGCAUCGCAAGGUGCUCCGUGACAACAUCCAGGGCAUCACGAAGCCCGCCAUUCGAAGGUUGGCGAGAAGAGGUGGCGUGAAGAGAAUCAGUGGGUUGAUCUACGAAGAAACUCGCGGCGUUCUCAAGAUUUUUUUGGAGAACGUGAUUCGUGAUGCGGUGACGUACACGGAGCACGCUAGGAGGAAGACGGUGACGGCCAUGGACGUUGUGUAUGCGCUCAAGAGACAGGGAAGGACCCUCUAUGGAUUUGGAGGUUGAGGGGUUCUGGUAUUGGGCAUAUUGGGUUAGGUUUUGUUUUCUGGGUUUUCGUUUUGUAAAUGUAUGGACUAUGUGUUUUGUGUAAUGGUUCUAUAGCUUGAUUGUUCUCUGUUUGAUGGAGCAUGAAGUAAUCAAGUUUGUUUAGUGUUA